AGUUUCAGAACAGAGGACAGCGCUCCCCCGACCACCUGCCCGCCAAACAUGGGACAGACGCACCAGACGGAGCAGAAUGACCCGGAGAUCGAUGUCAAGUCGCUCCAGGACAUGUACAAAAAGUUUGUGACGGAGUGCCCGAGCGGUGUUUUAUUUAUCCACGAGUUCAAGCGUUUUUUUGGCAUCGACCCAACUGGGGAAGUCUCUGAGUAUGCGGAGAGCAUGUUUCGAGCUUUUGACAAGAACGGGGAUAACACCAUUGAUUUUCUGGAGUUUGUGGCAGCCUUGAAUCUGGUCUUCCGGGGGGACUUGGAGCACAAAUUACGCUGGUCAUUUAAAGUAUACGACAAGGACAGCAACGGCUAUGUAGAUAGGACAGAACUGCGAGCUAUUAUUGAUAGUAUAUAUCGAUUAAAGAAGACGUCCAAGAGAGAGCAGGAGGGUAUGCAGCUGUCGGUGAAUGAAGUGUGUGAAAGAAUACUGAAUACUGUGGAUGUGGACAGGGACGGUCACAUCACCCUGGAGGAGUUCAUCAAGGGGGCCCAGGGAGACCCAUGGAUCAUGAACAUGCUCCAACUGGACAUGAACCCUUAUGGCUGGGUGCUGGAACAGAGAAGGAAGAGCGCAUACUUUUAAAAUGACUGGAAAGACAAAAGCAUCUUCAUUUAACAUUUUUAUUUAUUUCCCCCCCUUUUUUUUCUUAAACUAAAUUAGGUUCCAAAUCAAUUGCACAUAAUAGGAACAAAUACAUUGCAGAUACUUUCGGAUUGUUUAAGCUAGUUUUAAUUAUAAGGCCAGGAAUGGUUGUGUCGAUUACCUUUCAUAAAUUCCAUGAGAUGAACAGCUUGUUCAUUGUGGGUGAACCUGCAGUGCAGUUUUUCUUUAUCUGUAGAUGAUUUCAUUUGGGCCAUAUGACUUAAUUGGGGCGUUAAAACAAUGUUAGUUCCACUUUAACUACUUUGCAGAUAUGAAACAAACAGACAAUCAUAAUAUCAAUACAAAAUAUAAAAUUUCCAGUUCAUGCUACAAAACCAACUUAAUAGGAGGUUUUAAAAAUAGGUUAUAUUUCACUCAAAAUUCCAUGACAUACAGUAAGGCAUUGUUGGCAGAAUAGAUGGAUGCAGUUCAAUGCAUGAAUAAUAUAAUUCACCAAUACAUUGCAUUCGGAAAGUAUUCAGACCCCUUGACUUUUUCCAGAUUUUGCCUUUUUCUAAAAUUGAUAAAAUAGUUUUUACCCCUCAUCAAUCUACACACAAUACCCCAUAAUGACAAAGCAAAAACUGUUUUUUAGAAAUGUUAGCAAAAUGUAAAUGUAAAAAAACAGAAAUAUAACAUUUACAUAAGUAUUCAGACCUUUAUUCAGUACUUUGCUGAAGCACCUUUGACAGUGAUUACAGCCUUGAGUUUUCUUUGGUACAAAUUGUAGACCUGCACAAGGCUGGGAUGGGCUACAGGACAAUAGGCAAGCAGCUUGGUGAGAAGGCAACAACUGUUGGCGCAAUUAAUAGAGAAUGGAAGAAGUUCAAGAUGAUGGUCAAUCACCCUCGGUCUGGGGCUCCAUGCAAGAUCUCACCUUGUGGAGCAUCAAUGAUCAUGAGGAAGGUGAGGGAUCAGCCCAGAACUACACGGCAGGGCCUGAUCAAUGACCUGAAGAGAGCUGGGACCACAGUCUCAAAGAAAACCAUUAGUAACACACUACACCGUCAUGGAUUAAAAUCCUGCAGUGCACGCAAGGUCCCCCUGCUCAAGCCAGCGCAUGUCCAGGCCCGUCUGAAGUUUGCCAAUGACCAUCUGGAUGAUCCAGAGGAGGAAUGGGAGAAGGUCAUGUGGUCUGAUGAGACAAAAAUAAAGCUUUUUGGUCUAAACUCCACUCGCCGUGUUUGGAGGAAGAAGAAGGAUGAGUACAACCCCAAGAACACCAUCCCAACCGUGAAGCAUGGAGGUGGAAACAUCAUUCUUUGGGGAUGCUUUUCUGCAAAGGGGACAGGACGACUGCACCGUAUUGAUGGGAGGAUGGAUGGGGCCAUGUAUCGCGAGAUCUUGGCCAACAACCUCCUUCCCUCAGUAAAAGCAUUGAAGAUGGGUCGUGGCUGGGUCUUCCAGCAUGACAACGACACAAAACACACAGCCAGGGCAACUAAGGAGUGGCUCUGUAAGAAGCAUCUCACGGUCCUGGAGUGGCCUAGCCAGUCUCCAGACCUAAACCCAAUAGAAAAUCUUUGGAGGGACCUGAAAGUCCGUAUUGCCCAGCGACAGCCCCGAAACCUGAAGGAUCUGGAGAAGGUCUGUAUGGAGGAGUGGGCCAAAAUCCCUGCUGCAGUGUGUGCAAACCUGGUCAAGAACUACAGGAAACAUAUGAUCUCUGUAAUUGCAAACAAAGGUUUCUGUACAAAAUAUUAAGUUCUGCUUUUCUGAUGUAUCAAAUACUUAUGUCAUGCAAUAAAAUGCAAAUUAAUUACUUAAAAA